UGAAAUGGAUUGUCUGGCCUUGUAAAUAUAUAACCAAGUCAAUACUUUCCCUUAUACCCAUCAAAAGAAAAGCAUUCAACAAUUUUCCUUUAGAAUAUAAAGGCCUCUUCCUUUAUUUCCCUCCCAACUUUCAGUUCUUAAAGAAGAUUAACAAGAUGAUCAGUAGCAACAAACUUCUGAAAUUGGCCAGGAAAUGGCAGAAGAUGGCUGCCAUCAGGCGAAGAAGAAUCACAUCCUCACAAAAUGUUGGAAGUACAGAUACUGCAUCAGUAGCUGAGAAAGGCCAUUUUGUUGUGUACUCUACUGAUAAAAAACGCUUCCUUCUUCCCUUGGAAUAUCUUAACAAUGAAAUCAUCAAAGAGCUCUUGAACAUGGCAGAAGAAGAGUUUGGAUUGCAAAGUGAGGGGCCACUCACACUACCAUGUGAUGCAGACCUUAUGGAAUAUGCAGUUGCUUUGCUUAGACGAAGAGCUACUAAAGAUGUGGAAAGAGCAUUGCUGGUGUUCAUAGGUACCAAAACUUUUGAAAUUGGCAAGGAAAUGGCAAAAGUUGGCUACUAUCAGGUGAAGAAGAAUCACUUGUCACAAAAAGUUGGAAGUAUAGAUACUUCAUCAGUUGCUGAGAAACGCCAUUUUGUUGUGUACUAUGCAGAUAAAAAACGCUUCCUUCUUCCCCUGGAGUGUCUUAACAAUGAAAUGAAAUGA